GUGUCGUUCUGUAAACCGUAGGCUAUUAUUAAACCAUUUUGAUUCGCCACGCUAUCGUUCAACCCGAUAUAGAUCGUAGUGUUGAAUAGAAAUUUCAACAUAUUUGUGACAGAUAAUUACUUUUAACCUGGGACUUACUCUAAGCAGAUCUUUCUUAAUACGGGCCAGAGGGACAGUGGCUAUUUUAUGUAAACUUUCGACUAGCUUUACUCUGUAUAUAUUUAAAAACAGCUAGUGACAUUUUCGUUUUAAAGAAGGAAGUACCUUUUUUUAGAUUAGGAUAUAUUUUCUUAGUUUUAAACGUCGGAUAUGGCUUGGUCAACGACCGCCGUCGCCGGGAUCUGGGUAACAUGCUUAGCGGCGUUGUUUCUAGCCGUUGGAUUUUCUAUACCAUUCUGGAUAAGUAUUGUUACGGAUAGCGGGACGAAAACAUUCAAUACUUAUAUUGGGGUGUGGUAUGUUAUGUCAUGUGUCAAAGGGGAAGCGGAUUCGUGCAAAACCGGGGCUAUAGAUCCCGAUUAUAGCCAGAGUGACCUCCCUGGUAAUAUCAGCGGCACUUCGCAGGAAAUUAUAGUAUCUACCGCACAGACCUUGUUAGGCAGCGCGGUAUGGUGGUGGGUUUUACAGAUAGUAACAACCGUUGGUUUAGGAUUAGUACUUCUUGCCACUCUGAUCCUGAUAUGUUGCCGAUGUGCUGGUAUACACUCCAAAGGAUUCUUCAUAAUUUCUGCCAUCCUAGAAUUUUUUGGAGGGUUACUGGCAAUAACUAUCUCGGUACUAACUGCCGUUGGAAUCGGUCUGUACUUCGACUUCAUAGCAGGAGUUAAAAUAAAUGCCGAAACUUUCCCCUGGUCAGUACUUUGUUUCGGAAUCGGGGGAUUUUUAGCCGUGCUUGGUGCUGUUAUUAUCAUGUAUGUAACAUGUAAAUGGGAAAGACUUGGCAAAUAUCACGAGAGUGACGGUGAAUCCGAAGAAUUACAAGAACAGCCGAUGUCAAACCUCAGCAAGUCUUACGAUCGUCCGAGAAAAUACGAUAACUCUAGCAGGGAUUACGAUUAUGACAGGCGAUACGAUAAAAGCAGGGAUUUUUCUAGUUCAAAAAAGUACCGCGACACCGGAAGAGACUAUUCACAUUCAUCACGUGACUACCCACCACGUGACUAUGGUCGCAGCAAUGCUGGUUACGAUUACAGUUACGACCGAGGAGGUUACGAUAGAGGAUACACUAAGGGUUACGAUAAUGGUUACGAUAAAUACGAUAGGGCAGGGUACUCUAGUUCACGUCCCGCAGACAAUAUGUACAGACCAUACGAACAAUACAAAUAUUAAGCUCAUGCAAAUUUGAAUGAUAUUCUAAUCAGCAUUUUACUGGCUGUGAAUGACGAAAAUAAAUGCAGUGACUGAAAUACGUUUUGCAAGUAUAUCAACAUAUCCAAACGGUUUCCUUUAUCAAAACCGUUUUUUAAAUUAACCUUGGUCAUGUUUAUUUAAUGUACUGCACGUACGGAGAGUGCUUGCUGAACUUAUAUCUACAAUGAUGUUUUUUCGUGGGUGCUGUAGGAAAAAAAGAAUGUUUUUGACACAAAGCAGGCACGAUAAAUUAGUUUCCCCAUACCUUAUCUUUAAUUUUAGUUUUCUUAUCCGUCCUUCAAUAAUGAUAUUCAGCAAGUAAUGCAUUUUUGUCUACAAGUAAUCAAACUUAAACCCUGCAUGGGUCUUUAUUGGGUCAAAGUAUCAAAUAUGAUUAAGUCUAAAGACUAACUAGGAAACCUUCCGAUAAUACACACAUUUUGUCAGAAUGGGCUGUUCAUUAAAACAUGACCUGGCAUUUUGCAAAUUAACUCUUUUUAUAUUGCUCACAUUUUUACUAAUUUUUAAACGGAUUCUUACUAUUAUUUUUGCGCCAAGAUAGGAAGUUGAUUCGCUUAAUAAGGAAGGGGAGAUAAUACAAUUCAGUUUUCAUAAAAUGUCAAUACAAGUACUUUCCCUUGCAUAUAAUCUAGUAGAAAAGAACAUAUACAGUGGAACCUGUAUAAAAAGCUUAUGCUAGAAAAUGAUCUUUGUUGAAAAUACGGUUUCGAAAAUCAUUCCUGAUUUUUUGGUACGGUUAAAAGGAAAAUAAAUUUCGAUCGAAGUGGCAGACGUACUAUGUGUAAAUGUGUGAUCUUUAUUUUGCAAUGGGUCAGUGUUUGCGCUUUUAAAUGUAUAUUGUAUAUUCUAUGAAUGUGCAAAUAUGAAGUAUCUGAUUUUUUUGCCAAAAGAGAGUUAUGCGAUAAAUUGCAUAUGUAUUGUUUCUUACUUUAGCAUGCACUGUAAAUGCCGCAAGAGAAUUUCAUUUGAGUUAUUACUUUUAUCGUUCAUUUUGACAUGACGUCAUUUUCAUUUUAUAAUACUGCACGUUUGUAACGUCGAUUUUAAUUUGAUAAUUAUAACGUUAAUAUAGUUUUAAAUACACGACUGCUUUCAAUAAAGAAAUCUCACUUUUUUCUUAAAAAAAGGAAGUUUGCAGUUUUAUAAAUUCGUUAUAAAGAUUGUUGACAGGUUAUAUGGCCGAAUAUAAACGUUUGUUUGCAAUAUAACCCUCGCCUGGCUGCUCGGGUUAUAUUUACAAACCACCGUUUAUAUAGGGCCAUAUAACCUGUCAACAAUCUUUAUCACUAAUAAUGUAAAAGUAGCGUAUGUUAGCGUCACACUAUAAGCAAGUCAAUGAAAAAGUGAUCAAUUUUUAUUGUAAACAGUUCUAUUUUGGAUAUGUGAUAAAUAAAAUAUAAUAUUCUUGUAGCUUCAUUACUGAAUUUAUUGAACUCGUUGAAUGAAAUAAUAUAUUAUUCUCGCCAGAAGCUUGCAUAAUAAAAUUACAUUCAACUCGUUCAAUUAAUUCAGUAUUGGCCCUUCACUCAUUUGAUUUCACUGUAUUUGAUUUAUUGUUUCGUUUUCCGAAACUAAGUCCCGUUUAUUUCGUGGUUAUCUGUUUUGUAUGAGUGUAGAGCAGUAGCGACAGAGGAUGUUAAUCCUGAUUUUAGAGGGAUUUUUAUAUGCUUACAGAACAAGCGUUCUUUUAUUGAAAAACACAUGUAUUGUUUCAUUUCUUACGUGUUAUGCACUUAAUAAGAUAAUAUUUUUAUAAGUUUUUUUUCUUUUUAAAAAAAAAUGUAUAGAAGUUGUCGUUUAACAUGAAAGAUUUUAUUUUUCAUGAUUUAUAUUGCUUGACACAAUUUAUUAUAAUGUUAGCACUGGAUGAUUAAUGUUACUUGUGCAGAAAAGUACAUUGAUAUUGUUUUUAUUUCAUUUGUAGAAAAUACACUUACAUGAUUAUUUCUUUUCACACAUUAGGUUUGCGUGUUUAAAGAGAGCGCCAGUGAGUAAAUAUGAAGAGUUGUCCCUUCGUUUUUAAAAUAUAAUUAUGUUCAUUUGUAUAUACAUACUUUUUUACAAAACAAAAAAUAUAUUUUCAUGAAUAGAUUAUAUUCAUAACAUAUAUAUGUAUAUUAUAACAAUAUCAAGAUUUUUAGCAAAUAAAAUACUUUUACACGAA